UGAGGCACACCCGGCGAGAGCCACCUCUGCCCCCUCGGCGUCGUUUGCGAGGCUCGCCUCGCCGUCGUGCUGCGGGGGCGGCGGUUGGCUCGGGAGGUGCACGUGGCCGCGCGUGGCGCGGCUGGCCCCAGCCCACGCCCUCAUAUUUUGUGCUGGCUCGCGCACGCGCCUCGGGAGCUCGACGACGAGCGACUGCAUUGGCGGGCUUCGUUGCAAAAGGCGGCGGCUCUGCGUGGUUAAAGGCGGCGCUUGCCAUCAGCCGCCGUGCACAGCUGUCCCAAACUCUUUCAUGCUUUGGGUAGGACACAGGCCUAACUACUCGGGGGACACACGAUUCCCGUGGAUCAUCGGCACAGUAGGUGUCAUCAAGGUAAGGCGCAAAUCAGGGUGGACGGAUGCCGGACCUGCAUCUCCAACAGGGUCCAGUGGUAUCCAAUCGCGAAGAGGAAGGGCCCGAGGGGAUCGCCCUGCGCGCAGCCCUCUGCCGAAUCGAAGACGUCGCCCGAGCUGUCCCCGCGGAGUAAGAAUUCUUUUGGCGGGCAAUAUCGAGAGGUUAGGUCGCUAGCCAACGCGGCCAAAGGAUAUCCACCUCGAGAACCUCGAGAGGUAGGCGCGCCCAACACUUCACAACGGAGAGAGAGAGACAGAACGGACCUGGUUUUCCAUCCUGCGAGGCGAGGAAUGCGACUGCCGUGGUCGACCGAUCCGCCCGUGCGUGACCGCCUUCGAGACAGCAACGAGCGGCCGCGCUCGCGUCUCCGGUACGAGUUCGUCGUCGUGAUCUGCGUUCGAGCUCCGUCGUGGCGUGACGCGGUGCUCUCGCGCUUUGUCGCCCGCGACCGCCGGAUGGCGGAGGGCCGCGAAAAGGCGGAGGAGGUGCUCGAAGCGAUGCGCGGAGCAGGCCUCACGCUUCGCGUCAAGCGGCACCUCGCCCGCGACGGCUCCAAGCUCCUGCUCGCCUUUGUCACGGCGGCGGCGGACCGGCUGGCGGUUCAGAGCGACCGGCUCGCGGUUGAGAAGUGGCUGACCGAGGAGCGCUCGCUCGAGAGCGGCGGCGGCGCGCGCUUCGGCGUCGACUCCAAGCCGGCCACGCGGGUCGUCCGUGUCGGAGGCCUGCACUACUUUGCGCCCGUCGAAGGGCCGGCCGCCACGCCGGGCGGCGAGGGAGGCGGCGGUGGCCGGGGCGGCGGCGGCGGGGGCGGCGGCGGAGGCGGCGGCGGCGGCGGCGGCGGAGCAGCAGCAGCAGCAGGAGGAGGAGGAGGAGGAGGAGGCGCGUGUGCAAGCACGGGCGGAGGUGCUGGCGGCGACAGCUCGGGCGUCGGCGUUGGGGAGGCUCUCUCCGCAGCGGCGCGCGUCGAGCUCGUGGGCCACAUCUUGGCCUCGCCGCCUGCGCAGGGCGGCGCCGGGCUCGGCGUCGCGCAGAGGAGCGGCCCGCUGCGCGGCAUUGUCCUCGCGGUGGCGGCGCUGCACGACAAGCCGCUCAACGAGGCGCUCUACGCGCGUGCCGUCCGGCUCAACCCGC